AUGGUCAACGAAGAUCCACUAAAUGCAUCAGCACAAGUGCCAGAUGACGUUUUGGAAGGACACUUUGUGGUUGUUGCUAAUAAGGGUGAAGAAACCAAACGGUUUAUUGUGAAGUUGCAGUAUUUGACUAACCCUGCAUUUUUGGGACUGCUGGAGCGGGCAAGAGAAGAGUAUGGUUUCAGGCAAAAGGGGGUUUUGGAAAUUCCCUGCCACCCUCAAGAACUAGAGAAGAUUCUAGAACAACCAAGGAAUGAAAGUGUGGGAGAUGGAAGCAAAUAUGAUUAA